CGUUGUUUACAUCCGUCACCGAGUCGGAAACAGAGCAGUGUACAUAUCGCAGGCUGUGAUCACACGUGGGUAAAGAAGUUUGUCAGAUUAAUGUGGUGUUGUCAACUUAAUUAGAAAACAUGUCGAGAAGACAGAAAGCUACAGCAGCAGAAAAGACCGCUUCUGUGGCGGGACACGUCGAGGAGGAGGAGGAGGUCCAGGAACCGCCACCGGAGACCAGACGGACCCGCAGCGGCCGCACAGUGCGUCCUCCCGCCGCACUGCUACACUCAGAAGCCCCGACGAGGACUCCCAGCCGGAGGACCAGGAGGUCUGUGAUCCAGGAGGUGCCGGCGGCGGAGGAGAAAACCACGGAGGAGCUAGAGCCAGAGCGGAAACCCGAGAGUCUGCCUGAGGAGGAGUCCAGCACGCCCGCUGCCGCUGAACCGGAGCCGCCGGUUGCCGUGUCAGAGCCAGCAGCCGCAGCCGAGGUUAACGGCAGCGGAGACGGACAUCCGCCCACUCCUGCACCGGCAGAAACGGCCCCUGCGAAUUCAGAGCCGGUCCCACAGAAGAAACCCCGUCUGGAUCCAGGAGGGAAACAAAAUCCGGCCAUUCCGCUGGGAAAACCGAAAUCUGGACGAGUGUGGAAGAACCGGAACAAGCAGAGGUUCUCUGCGCUGGUCAGAGAUAAACCACUGUGCUCCUCCUGGGAAAAGAAGAUGGAGGCCAAGCGAGAGAAGGAGCUGGUGAAACAGUUUUCUUUGCAGCUUAAAGAGGAGAAAGCCAGACAGAAAGAGGACAAGAGGAAGAGGAGAGAAGAAAACCUGAAACGACGAGCGGAGAACGAACGCAAAGCAGAAAUUGUGCAAGUGAUCCGAAACACGGCAAAGAUCAAGAGGAUGAAGAAGAAACAGCUGAGGAAAAUCGAGAAGAGGGACACGCUGGCUCUGCUGCAGAAGUCACAGAAACAGAACGAAAAAGCCAAAGGACAAAAAAACAACAAGGCUGACAAAAACUUAACCUAAAGACUGGGAUAAUAAAAACGCGUCUGUUCAGUA